AUGGUCUCGAUCUCCUGACCUCAUGAUCCGCCUGCCUAGGCCAUCAGAGUAGUUUUGGGAAAACCAUUGAGAGUGAGGCAAGCCACGCUGGAAGGUGAAAACUGACAGGUAGGGAGAUGGAGGGGCUCAGGCCUGUUUCCCCACAGCACGGUAGACCUGUGCUUCUGCAGAUGUGGAGGGGGUGGCCGCCCCUCACUUUCCAGGAGGUAGAGAGCAAAAGCCCUUCCAAUGACCUUGGUACCUACUGUGCCCUUGAUCUCGCGUUCCUAGCUAUCUCAUGGGUUCUGCACCGGUGCCUCCUCCUGCCCUCGGUAAGGCACCUUCUAGGUCCAGCUGUGGGGCAGGGAGCGACAGGCAGGAAUAAUCUGACCCCUUUGGCCGGGCACGGUGACAGAUGGGCUGAAAGAUGAGUCACUAAACAUGAUCUGGGGCGCGGGGCGGGGGUGCAGCUCAGUUUCAGCCCCUCGCGCCGGGGAGGAUGACCGUGCAGCUUUAUAUAGCCCCUGAGCCCUAUAUAAGCAAGUCAGAGGCCGGGGCUCGUCCGACAGGAGCCCUCAAGCUGAUCUGGUCGGGACCGGAUACAUUAUUAACCCCAGUGCAGUAGGGUCCCCAGGGGCAACCUGCCCCACAGCGCCCAAGAUGCCUAGCAGAACUGCCCGCUAUGCCCGCUACAGCCCACGGCAGCGGCGGCGACGGAUGCUGGCUGAUCGCAGCGUGCGUUUCCCUAAUGAUGUCCUGUUCUUGGACCACAUCCGGCAGGGUGACCUGGAGCAGGUGGGGCGCUUCAUCCGGACUCGGAAAGUCUCCCUGGCCACUAUCCACCCCUCAGGCCUCGCUGCCUUGCAUGAAGCCGUGCUCUCUGGAAACCUGGAAUGCGUGAAGCUGCUGGUCAAAUACGGGGCGGACAUUCACCAGCGAGAUGAGGCGGGCUGGACACCCCUGCACAUUGCCUGCAGCGAUGGGUACCCUGACAUAGCCAGGUACCUUAUCUCCCUGGGAGCGGACAGGGAUGCAACCAACGACGAUGGCGACCUGCCCUCCGACCUCAUCGACCCGGACUUCAAGGAGCUGGUGGAGCUCUUCAAAGGGACCACGAUGGACUGAGCCAGCUCUGCCCGCCCGCCCCCGCGCCCAGGGCCGCCUCCCUGGAGAAGCCGCGCGUCGCCCAUGGGCCAGCACGUGCCCCACCCGUGGGCCAGGGGCGGCCGGACCCGUCCCUCCACGACCCCGCCACCCCUCCUAGGCCUGGCUUUGUCUCCAGGUGAAUUUUUUACUGUGACACUUUUUACUUUUUCAAUAAACGUGACUCCCAGGUGAGGGGGCCUGGGUCUACA